UAUUAAGCAUGGCUUGUUGAUAGCAAAAUGAACCGUUUCCAGCGCAAAUACGGCCGUGGCAAUCCAAAAAAAGAAGAUGACGAAUUAAAAGUCAUUAAAACUAAAAAUGAGAUUGAAGAAGUAUUCUCUCCGAAAAGCAGGAGAAAUCAGCCCAAGUUUGAUAGAACUGUGGCCAACCGAUCUUGUUAUAUUAAACCGAAACAGAAGGAUGAGGGACAGUCAAUGGAUAGUCAUAGUUUAGAUCUCCAUUUUAAAGAUCUCAUCAAGCAACAAUAUGAAUUCGACCCAGUUUUUCCCGACACGAUAAAGAACUUGAAAGCGUUGGGGAAGGUUAUGUGCAGUUCGCAGAGUACCAACACAAAGCCGCGCUCUCUGUCGUACAUGGAGACAUCAGAUGGUUCGCAUUGGCAGAAUGCGCACAACACUGCUGAACUAGAACUGCUGUUGAGCAGCGGAAAGGAAGCGUCAGGGUCACUUCCUAAAACCAUAGAUAGCAAAAAUAUUUACAUUUCCGAGGAGCCACGGGUAAAGGUUAUAGCUGAGAAGUUUUCAAAGUUGUCGCGGAAUAACGUUGAGCUUAGAAAGUUGGACGAGAAAAUUGUCUGUAUAGAAUACGACGUUUUUGAAAGCCUUCUAUUAAGCGACGACAAGGACUUAGGAAAGCCAGUUCAGAAGAUGCGAGCUUACUUUUCCGUGAGGCCGACGAGUGCAAAUGGAGGCAAAACGGUUUCCAUUUUGCCGUCAACAAUAAAAAACAAGCUACACAUAAACGAAGAGGAUUUAGAGAAACUAAACGAAAAGGAAAUCGAAAUAAUUGACGAGAAAAUCGCAGAAAACAAACCCUAUUUAGACGAGCUGAAGAGACUUUUGAAAAGAAAGCAGGCGAUUGACGCGAAGAAGAAGAAAAGUUCUUUAGACUUGAAAUCUUUGUAUCAUAUGGCGAAAAGUCAAAGGCCGUGUUUAGACGAAGAUUUCUCCAACACUAACCUCCUUUCAAAGGCAGAGUUGGAUGAAAUCAAAGAGCUGGUAACUAAAAAGUGCGCUUCUAGCAUGUACGGGAUAAAUAGACACACACUGAAAUGUGAUAGAGAUCCGGAGCCAAAACCAAACGAAACUCUAUGCAUGAAUGUUAUUUCAAAGAGUAUUUACGCUGAGCUAACGCGCAAUGAUGAAUCUGCUUCUUAAAUAGGUACGAUUACUUAUAUAAAAAAAAAGAGAUUAAAGCUU